AUGCGGCACUCGGGGCAGCGGCGCGGGGCUCGCAGGUUGGAGUCGCAGGAGGCGCAGAAGACAAAAAGAAAAAAUCCCGCCAAAAAAAACCACGGCCUGAGGAAAUAUUUUUUCUUUUUCACCACCGAAGGGCGAGGCUCUCGCGGCUUCCUCGCCAGGAAAUCCCUGUGGCUGUGCCUGCAGGCCGUCCCGCGCUGGCGGGAAGAGGCGCGCCGAGCCAUCGGCGACGUCCCGGCGAGCUCAUGGGCGCUCAAAAGGCAGGCCGUCCCGCGCUGGCGGGAAGAGGCGCGCCAAGCCAUCGGCGACGUCCCGGCGAGCUCAUGGGCGCUCAAAAGGUCGCACCGGCCCGUGGCUCCGCCGUCGGCUCCGCCGCGAGCGGCGACGGUGACAGAGGCCGCCGGCGGCCCGUUUUUAGCAAAAACCAGAUACCACAUCGCGUGUGGUCGUCGAAAAACCGCAUGUUCGCCCGUCUGGGACCUCUUCGUACGGCUCCAAAAACCGCUCCUUAACGACGACUACGCGGCCCGGCGGUCGAUCUGCGCCUUCUCAGCGGUGGAGGGGAUGUGGGCGGUGUGUGCGGACCGCGUGGUGCUGCGAUGGUUCGACGAAGUCGCGGUGCUCCUCAAAUACCGCUCAAAUACCCACGAUGUUGUGGAGGGGACAUAUGCUGAUGAUCCCGGCCCGAUUGGUUUGCUCAGAAAGCUUCUGGGCGGUCGUUAA